AUGGCGGCCGUCCUUCGCGGCGCUCAUGCCGCCGUGGCGUCCUUCUUUUGCGGCGCUCAUGCGGCGCUCUGUCCACCUCCUGUUGCUCCUCGUGUGCUUGUCGCAGGGGUCAGCAUUGGGUCGCACAGAGCUGGCACACUCACCACCCCCCCUGGUGCGGGCGGCUAUGUUCGCAGUUGUCCCGCCCUUCACUCCCCCCUCUUCUCUCUCCUCCCCUCCUCUUUCCAGGCCUACUUCCUCUGGUCAGGGAUCAGCUCUGCGUCGCACAGAGCUGGCGGCGACUGCAAUGAGCACUCUGUAACGCUGCUACAACAGCAACCACAAGAGCAUCAGCAGCAGCAAGAAGCACGGCAUGAGUCGGUGCAGAGAGACGUCUCAAAAGAGGUGCGUGCAUCGGCGCUCGAUGCCUCUCCGCUCCUCACCACCUUCAAGUAUGUGUGUCGCCCUGUUGCCUUGUUGCUGUGCUGCCGUGCUCCCUUUUGCCUGAACAGUGCAGCAGGUGGUGUGGGAGAGGGCAGCAGAUUAGGCUCGCGUUUGGCUGAUUGGACGGGUGUUUUGGUGGGCUCGAUGCCUCGCCCCUAUUGGGUUGGAUGCGUGUUCAUGUGUUGCCUUGUUGCCGUGUUGCCGUGCCGUGUUCCUUUGUGCCUGAGCAGUGCAGCAGGAGGAGUGGGAGUGGGCAGCACACAGUCGCUUUCAGCUGAUGAGAGUCAGUUUACCACUGACAGGACUCUUGCUGCUGCCGAGCUGAUUCGUUUGGAGCGCAUGCUUAAAACGAGGAUAGCUACAGUGGAGGCGAUGCUGAAGAGCUUACAGCAUGAGAGGGAGGAAAUGGGAGCGGGGAGGGGGGUAUCUGAGGAAAAGGAGGAGGGAGAAGGGGAGAGGGAGGGGAGAGGUGGGAAGGAGGCUGAGGAGGAUGAUUUGCCAUCGUGGGUGGAUUCUGCUGGCGCUGCUGCUGCUGCCGGUGGUGCUAGGGGCAGCAGCGUGGGGGGGAGUGAAGCAGGGAGAGAGAUGGUGGUGGAAGAGGAUGAGUCUGAGCAGGCUGUGAAUGAACUCCACUACACUGUUGACUUCACAAUCCAUCCCUCCUCCACCACUCCUCUCUCACCUACAUCCCUCCCCCAUCCAACUUUCCUGCUCCCUCCUCCUCCUCGUCUGUUGACGUUACAGCCCCUUCUCCCCCUCCACUCCUCUCUCACCCAUAUACCCUCCCUCCCCACCUCUUGCCCCCCCUCACCUCUCCCCCACCCUCCCCACCUCCUCGCUCACCCCCAUCCCACUCAGGCACUCAAUACCAUUCGCAACAACCCCUCCUCCUCUCCUCACUCACCCAACACUACCCUCCCUCCCCACCUCUCCCUCCUCCUCUCUCACCUCACUCUCUCCCACCUACCCCCAGUCUGUCGCACCGACCCGACAACCCACUCCCCCUCCCCCAUCUCGGCCUCUCUCUUCCCCCCUCCCCCCCGCCUCAUUCCCUGGAACCCCCACCCUCACCGCUACCUGCUUGCUACUUGCACGCAUGGCCGCACCUCCAACCACCUGCUCUGCAUACGACGGUGGGUCCCCGCUCUCUCUUCUUUUGGAACCCCUUUAGAACCAUUACUCUCACCCCCACCCUCCCCACCGCUACCUGCACGCAUGGCCGCACCUCCAACCACCUGCUCUGCAUACGACGGUGGGUCCCCGCUCUCUCUUCUUUUGGAACCCCUUUAG